UCCCAGCGGCCAUCGUUCUGCGCAUCUGGCAACCUCUGUCAAAAGCGUGACCAUGGUGAUGCGCUCAGAUUCGUAAACAACGGAGCGGUGCUCUCCAUACUUUACUUGUAUUAUGGGAAAGAGGCUGUUGUCUUUCGCAUCGCUUUGUUCUGCUGCAAUCGCAAUUCUCUACAGCAUAGAGGUCGAGAAAAACAAAUGGGUUACAUCAAAAUCAAUUACACUCAAAGCGAAACUAAACGACGCCUUUUCGUUUGUGACGACAGCAGACUACAUGAACAAAUGGUUACCGUUUGUCAGCUAUGUUCGAGAAGCAGACGGCAAGCAAAUGGGCAUCGGCAAAAAAUACCGAGCCACUUACGAGUUUCCUAUAUUAGGAGAAUACGACAUGAUGUACAGGGUAGUUGACUAUGCACCACGUAAAAACGUCAUUGUCGAGAGCGACUUCUUUCUGAGACCACACGUGGAGUUUCAUUUCUUUGAAACCAAAGAAGAUGAGUGCAGAAUGGAAGUGCGACUGUCCUUCAGGAGAUUCAGCUACCUCUAUCAGUAUUCUUUAGGGCCAAUCCUGCACUUCCUUGCCGGUCAGCAACUCCAGCGUUCACUAUUCCUUCUGCGAAUGGUGUUCCCAUACUGACUAAAGUACAGCCAGGGAAGCUCGAGAAAUCUCCCUGGUUCCCUGAUACUCAGCUUACCUCAGCAGAGGACAUCACGAUACUAGUGCACAUUCCAAAGUGUGGAA